GGAGCUUCGCCUUCCGCAGCUCCGGGUCUGAGCUACUGGAACUCCGCGCUGGGCUAGGGAACCGGCUCCGGUGGGAUGGAGGCGGGCGGCGUGGCAGACUCUUUCCUUUCUAGUGCCUGCGUGCUCUUCACCCUGGGCAUGUUCUCCACUGGCCUGUGAGAGUGUGGAUGGACUGGGCUGGGGCAGGAAGUCAAGAAAUGAAAGCGGGCAAGAGACGUGGCUGCAAUAUCUUGCUGCUUUUGGAACCCAGAAUAAUAGUGGAAUAGGAUUGGAUGAUUUGAGGUCCAAGGCGAGGCUGCCUCUUGGCCUGAGGGGGGAGAUCUGCUUGUCGUUCAGGAUGAUUGGUAAACACCGAGAAAUCUUUUACCCACUCCUAACAAUUUCCUUUGGAUCCCUUCCAGCUCGGACCUCAGGCAUAUGCAGAGGACACGGAGCGUGGACAACAUCCAGUUCCUGCCUUUUCUCACCACGGAUGUCAACAACCUGAGCUGGCUGAGUUACGGAGUCUUGAAGGGAGAUGGGACCCUUAUCAUCGUCAAUAGCGUGGGGGCCGUGCUUCAGACUCUUUAUAUCCUGGCAUAUCUGCACUACAGUCCUCAGAAGCAUGGUGUGCUCCUGCAGACGGCAACCCUGCUGGCUGUCCUUCUCCUGGGUUAUGGCUACUUUUGGCUUCUGGUGCCGGACCUUGAGGCCCGGCUUCAGCAGCUAGGCCUCUUCUGUAGCGUCUUUACCAUCAGCAUGUACCUCUCCCCACUGGCUGAUUUGGCCAAGAUCGUUCAGACUAAAUCAACCCAGCGCCUCUCCUUCUCCCUGACCAUUGCCACGCUCUUUUGCUCCGCCUCUUGGUCUAUUUACGGGUUUCGCCUCCGAGACCCAUACAUCACGGUGCCCAACCUUCCAGGAAUCCUCACCAGCUUAAUCCGCCUCGGGCUUUUCUGCAAGUACCCUCCAGAGCAAGACAGGAAGUACCGCCUCCUGCAGACCUGACCCCAGGCACCCGAGUGCCAACUGGAUACCAAACAGAGCUCCUGUUUCUGCUGGUCCUUGUGACCAGUUCCAUGGAUGCAAUAGGUUGUGAGAAAAAGAUGACUUUGAAACUAAAGGGACCAAAGAUCUUUCCUUAGAUCAGAUAGGACCUGUGGGAUGAAAUCACAUUUUUACAGGAGAUCAUCUUUUCUCAUUUCGGAGGCUGAGGUGGUAUUAGAAUGUGCCUUAAAAUAAACUGUUCCCCACCCCUG